CAUAACUUCCUCUGUAGGAACGGGGGAUCGGUUUCCUCUCUUCCUCUGUAGGAACGCAUCCGAAGGUACUCGUAGUCGUUGGAUCUGCGAUCGCGCGACAGAAGAUCCCGACCUUGGAUUGACGUUUGAAUUUUGAAUGUCUCUGCUCACUAGUGGAACCGACUUCGACAUUCUCCGGUAAGGCCUGAAGUCCGUCCCUUCCUCUCUCUCUCUCGGUAGAAGAGACUCUACAGAUAAGAGAAGUUGCAGACAAUGCACCAAAGGAAGUCGGAUGGUGGCAACAAAGUGACUGCUAUCAGAAGAUCACCCAGAUUUCAUCCUCGGGAAGAGGCCUCUGGUAAGGAACCUCAAGUAUGGAAGAACCAAGUCUGUUCUCCUUGUAUCGUCGUUGAAAACAAAACCCAUUCUUGUUCUCCUCUCAGCUCCCUAGAAAGCAAUCUUCCGAGGACAAAAAUUAGAAGAUCUCCGAGAUUUCUUCCUCCCGAGAAUGCGGCAACAAGAAACCCCAAAUCGGGAAAUAACUGGGUAUGCUCUCUUUCUAACACCAGUCCUGUGAAAAUCCAUUAUAAAUCUAUUCUUAGCCCUAGGCCGACUAGAUCGUGCGGUCCGCCAGAAAAUUCUGCAGAAUCGCUCAAUGGGUCAAGAAAAUCCAAAUGCCCUUUGGAUGUGGGCGAGAGUUUCCCAAGUUUAAGACGAUCGUCGAGGUUAUCUAAUAAAGAAAAUGCCCCUGCAUUUGUCGACAACAAGACCGGGAAGGCAGAACUAUUGGUUUGCCGCAAGGGAAAUGAUUCUUCAGACAAAGAGGUUUCUGCAAAGGUAACUCAGAAAGGAAAUUUGGGGAAAAAUCGGUCCAGAAAUGUUGAAGUCCAAAGGGUUCUAAGGAAGUCUGCGGGAAUAGCUGAGGAGGGCGUUAAUGCGUCCUAUGUUUUUGGAAAAUAUGAGGAAGGGAUUAGUGAACAGAGUUCUACAGUUUCUCCAGCAGUGACGCCAAGGGGAGUGAAGAAAAGGAGCGAUCUUGGAAACGAGGGAAUUCGAGUUGACCGGGAAAGAAAGCAAAGCGAUGAAGGUUGCAAUCCUCAAGGGUGGACGAAAGAACAAGAAACUGCAUUGCGGAGAGCUUUCAUAACUGGAAAGCCGUCGCCUCAUUUCUGGAAGAAGGUUUCUAAGCUGGUUCCAGGAAAGUCUGCGCAGGAAUGCUUUGAUAAAGUCCAUUCUGACCUUAGUACUCCUCCUCACCCCCGGCCUCUUUCCCGGGCAAACAGAAAAAAUUUAUCUCCGUUGGGUCAAUUCUCAGUCUCUGGAAGUGAACUCCUUGAACCAACUAAGAUGACUGUUAAAAGGCAAAAGAGCAGUAAACAGAAAAGACGUCUUACACAGAAAACUGUGAGACAUUUGCUACGGAAGCAUUAUCUUGCAGACCAAAGUUCUGAAGUCGGUCUUUUCUCGUCGCAGAAUGGUCUCACAAGCCCUUUGGUUUUAAAGGAGGUUAAAAACUUAUCGUUACAUGAGAAGUACAUUGACCAGCUACACUGCAGGGAAGCAAGAAGAACAGCUGCAUCUUCCUACGCGGCAAAACAUAUUGUCACAGAAUACAACGGAAAAGAAAAUCAUAUGCAGACAAGUGAUGUGAUCAAAAUAGCCAGGAAUGCUCUUGUUUCUGGUGCACUAGAUAUGAUCAACGAAUUUAAACAUCUGCAAGCUAAUGGCUUAGUCAAUAAUGAUGAUUGCGAUGAUGAUUAUGAUGAAGAUGUAGGUGAAGGUGAUGAGUUGCCUUGAUUAGCCUUGCUAAUUUAUGAUUGAUUCUUUGAUAAUUGGAAGCACAGUGCCAUUGUGUUGGUUUCAAUAAUGUGAGGUAGUUUGAAUUUGUUGGGCAAGAGCAAUGGGCUGGACAAUCUUUCUUUCAUUCAUUAUCUGUCACUGUGGUGUUUGAAAGAAAAAAGCCACAUGAUUUGCAUUUGUUGGUUGGAUCCCCUCUCUCUUAGCCAAUACCUGACAAAAGUGAAACAGGUAAAAGCUAAAGGGGAAAGGGAGGAAAGAUGCUAGCUUUUACUAUGAAACAUGUGAGCUCAGUGGAGGCUUUGAUUACAAAUGAAGGGAUAGGAGGAACAAAAAUAAUAA